GAUAGGUACAAGGUGGAUCUUUCUGUAAUGCACGGAAACCGACUCCCACUUUUGCUGACUUCAUUGAAAGGAAGAACAUGGUUCCCAGGGAUAACGUCACCAUUCUACUUCUUGGGAGCCAGGGGUACAGCAUUUGCCAUGCAUUGUGAAGACAUGGACUUGGUUUCGAUCAACCUAAGCCUCGGAGGUUACCCAAAAAUUUGGUACGGGAUUCCAAUGGAACACUUGGCGCAGUACGAAGCAGUACUGAAACUUCAUCUUGGUGCAGGUGCUUGUGAUGUGCCAGCAAGACACAAGCACUUUUUAUUUGCGGAGGGUUUCCUGCACAAGUACGGGAUCAAACCUGUAGUAGCUGUCCAGCAUCCUUGGGAAAUGAUAGUAACAUUUCCUAAGGGACAUCACGGUGGCUUCAACACAGGCUUCAACUGGAAUGUUGCAGUAAACUUUGCCCCUGAAUUUUGGGUUGAUUACGGAAUAGCAGCUGUGAACUGCUCUUGUGAAACUGUGGUAAACAUUCGAUUUUCAAUGGAACCUUUUGUUCAACGUUUACAACCAUCUAUGUACAAAGACUGGCUGUUUGGAAAGAUGACCCAAACCCCUGAUGAGUGGACGCAAAGACGGGAUUUGAGAGCGUGUGGGCUGAGUAACAAACAUGUAAAAACCCCAACGCUCAGUGAUUUGAAACUCACAAAAAUACCAAGAACCAAAGCUGCCUGGGCAUUAGCUGAGGACGUUUCACCAACAGAGGUGCAUCUACUACGUUUGCUACAGGAGAGAAUCAAGUUCUUGGAUGGAAAGGUCACAGAUCUGUUGGGUCGUGGGCCGAACAAACCAGACACAGUGUCCUGUGAUCUCCUAGAUGUCAUUCAGGAAGAAGCAGAAAAUCGGAUGAUACGACGACUACAGGGUGCAAUGUUGAAAGAUAGGUACAAGGUGGAUCUUUCUGUAAUGCACGGAAACCGACUCCCACUUUUGCUGACUUCAUUGAAAGGAAGAACAUGGUUCCCGGGGAUAACGUCACCAUUCUACUUUUUGGGAGCCAGGGGUACAGCAUUUGCCAUGCAUUGUGAAGACAUGGACUUGGUUUUGAUCAACCUAAGCCUCGGAGGUUACCCAAAAAUUUGGUACGGGAUUCCAAUGGAACACUUGGCGCAGUACGAAGCAAUACUGAAACUUCAUCUUGGUGCAGGUGCUUGUGAUGUGCCAGCAAGACACAAGCACUUUUUAUUUGCGGAGGUGGUACGGGAUUCCAAUGGAACACUUGGCGCAGUACGAAGCAGUACUGAAACUUCAUCUUGGUGCAGAACUGCGGUAAACAUCCGAUUUUCAAUGGAACCUUUUGUUCGACGUUUACGACCAUCUAUGUACAAAGACUGGCUGAUGGGAAAGAUGACCCAAACCCCUGAUGAGUGGACGCAAAGACGGGAUUUGAGAGCGUGUGGGCUGAGUAACAAACAUGUAAAAACCCCAACGCUCAGUGAUUUGAAACUCACAAAAAUACCAAGAACCGAAGCUGCCUGGGCAUUAGCUGAGGACGUUUCACCGACAGAGGUGCAUUUACUACGUUUGCUACAGGAGAGAAUCAAGUUCUUGGAUGGAAAGGUCACAGAUCUGUUGGGUCGUGGGCCGAACAAACCAGACACAGUGUCCUGUGAUCUCCUAGAUGAUCGAAUUGAUAAACACAUGAGGGGUUCAGAGUCUUCAAAUUGCUGCUACAAGAGGCAACCAAGUUUGGAGUACGAUCCAAUUGCAGAGUUGUACAAGAAAUUUGCGCUCUACAAACGUGAUGGAACGCUGGCGUCCGAACCUCCAAAGAUGUCGUUGUUGGAGAGUACCCCUGAUUGCGUCAUUCAAUUUGCGAAACUCAUGGUAUGGUCACUUGAAGGACAAAUGGCCAUGUUUGCAAAACUGAUGAGAAAACCUGCAAAUUAUAAUGGGCCACACAAUAACUGGACAAAGGAAAUAUGCACAUUUGUGUACGAUGAGGGGUUUGUCCAGUUGUCUGGACAUGGUCUACGCUCUUGGUGCAAUGAUUACGAACAUUGGGCAGUACCAAAACGAGCUGUUCCCAGAGUUUUGUCAGAAUCUCAAGUGAAAUUUCCAAAUGUAUAUAGUGGCAAUGUGAACACUGACGACAUUCCAGCCAAGGAGAAAGUUAAAAUAAAAUUAGGAGAGGAAAACAAAAAGGUGGAGUGCAUUAUGAUUGGGACAAAUUUGGAAGAAGAACCAACUGGGAUGUGCGGGUUAUUCAUGCGCUGUGACGACCUAAAAGAUUUAAUUUUCCGUGUCCGUUUGCAUGUACGGAGCAUGUUGGACAUUGAUGAAGACACCAGCAAUGUCACUGAACAGGUUCUAAAAAAAAACCAAAAGAUUUUCUACAAUAUUCUGAUGAGGGCUCUGUACCCUGGGAAUUCAUCUGCUGGUUUCCUUGAUAUAGCAGAUAAUUUGCGUAAUUAUGUUAAGAAAAGGGGAAGAUUCAACCUAUUGAGAGAGGAAAUUGUGUUUCUGCAAGUAAAUCGAAAACAAAAGACAAUUGCCUUUUUCCCCAAAUUACUUGACACCGUGCUUUGUGAAGAAAUACCGAAUAUGCCAUCAUCAAGCGGUGGUGAUCAGGAUGUUUCCUGGAUCAUUGAAAACAAGUUGCGGAAUGAACAUUUGUUUCACGAAGAUGGCAAGUACGUGCUGAACGACUUCAAGAAAUGGGUGUACGGUAUCCCGUUGGAGGCUAUGCACAUUGUUGGUGGAGGAGCAGCCAGAAUUGGAUUUGAAUUCCUAUUCCAAUUCCACAGAAAAGCUUUUACGAAAAGGGAAAAAUUAUCAGACGAUUACAUGAAGAAUUAUCCAAAAAAUGGUUGGAAGAAAGAAUGGGACCCUCACAGGUCAGAGUACACCGGUUUCACCAUGACAGAAACUGGUGUUUGUUAUUGUGAAAUUGGAGAAGAAGAAAUAAUCCCUGCCUUCAUCAGAAUAACAAUUCUUGACGGUGGUCCUGCAUUUGAUGGUGAUGAUCCCACUGAUGAAGAAGAAUUGAUAAACAAGUGGAAUGCGAAUCCUAAGUUUAGGAACAACACAUUUGGCAUUAUGUGUAAGUGA